GGGGGCCGUUCAGUGUACAUUCAGGACUAUACUCUAGUGUAAGUGAAAUGCGGACUCACCAACAACUUUGUUUGCUCAAUUUGUGCGGUGCAUUCUGUGCUGUAUGCAGUUCAUUAAGUUGCGGCUUCAUAUGGUAUUACUGGCGUUGGGCUCUGAAUACAUGCGAUGACAUGAAAGCUUGCAGCUGUUUGUUGUACGGUACAUGGGGUUUUACUGAAUUUUCCGGAGGAGAUUCUAUGAACUGCAGUUUUGUGACAUUCUCUCCGAUACCACUUCUAAUAUGGUCUAUGCUGAUGGUUAUGUACCAUGGUUUGAGGCACAGCACUGUAAAAGAGAGUCAAAGGAUUCUUAUUACAAACUCUCCUACCAUCCAUCGAGAAGUGAUGAACCCGCAAAGAAUACCAAAGCUUUUUGCUGUCUGUUCUUCUAUUAUUGCUAUCUCUUCAGCAAUUGUAAUAUUUUCUUCAGGGAUCGUUUUAACGGACGGCUACUUCAAGACAUGCAAAGAAUAUAAGAAAAAUGUUGUGGACCAACUGGAUGCUAACGGAGAUUUGGCCAGCUUGGUGACAGAUAGAUUGUCAUGUGGUACAGUUUAUGAUUUCUUAGACUAUUUACAGCCAGAUCCUGAAUAUAUAGACUAUAGGCACAAGCGUGAUGGAUGGCUAAUCAACACAGAUCUGACCUUUAAAUUCGCUAUAAUUAUGACUUGGGUGACAUUUGCUUUAUAUACAGUAUUGUCAAUAUUAUAUAUAAUUAGUUCUCGAAAACCUAAAAUUCCAAAAACCUUUAUGAAUACUGAUCUUUAAAAGAAUUUUUUUAAUAAUGAAACUUGUACAUAUUUUUGUAUAUAUAUGUUAAAAUAACAAAGAUAUAGUUUGAAUUUUGAGAUUUGAAACGAUUAAUAAUACGUUUUCAGUCAUAAAUGUAUAAAAAAAACAAACAGUAAGAUCCUGUAAUAUCAAAAGGUUGUUCAUGUUAUAUAUGAAAAUAAGACUUUAUAAAAAAAAUAAUUUGUAUUUUUUUGGGUUCCAAAAUCAUUUUUUGUUCCUGAGAUUGUUAAUAUAGUUUACUUAAUCUAUUUAAUUAUUAUAGGACUAAUAUCGAUUUUUAGGAGUUGCAUGGUCUUACUUAAAACACUUUUUUUUUUAAACAGUAUUCUACUCAUUAAUAAAAUAAACAAGUUAAAAUUGAUGGUGUGAUUUAUUUAAGGGAUAGAACAAACAAAUAUUCUUUUAAAAAAUAAGAUUAAUAUGAAAUGUUACUUAAUCAUUUUACUUCCCAAUUAUGUUUUAUAGUUCCUAAGAAAUAGCUUUAAAACUAUUUCUAAUUUAUUAUAAAUAUAUUUCAUUGUUUUUAAAUAAGUAAAAAAACUUAUAAAUAGAAUGAUUUACAGCCUAAAUUU